AAAUUUGUUGCUUUAUCCGAUAUAGGAGACAAACCUACCAUAUCUAUUUAUGAUAUCAGCUCUCUGAAGCGUAGGAAGCUGCUUGGGAUACCUUAUGACGCUCCAGGAGUAACCAGAUUUACGUGUAUGAGUUUUACUUUCGAUAGUAAGAAUCUGAUAGCAAUUACUGGCGAACCCGAUCAAACGAUGCUCCUUUACAACUGGGAAAAGGGCAAGGUCGAGUCGACAUUUAAGCUGAUCAAUUCACAAAAUCCAUUGGCGAUCGCUGACGUGUUAGCUUGCAAUCCAACAGACGCGACAGUGGUAGCAGUCGGUGGUGCUUAUACCUUUAAGUUUCUUAUCGUUUCUGAGACGGUGUGGCGCCCAUUUGGUUUCGCUAAAGCGGAGAACCUCCUUGUCUGUUCGAUGGCUUGGCUGGACGGCGACAGACUCAUGGUUGGCACCGAGGACGGCCGCAUGCUCUACCUGGAGAACGGCGAUCUUAAAAACGUGUACAGGAUGACUGAUACCGUGACGAUGAAUCUCAAGAUUCGCGAGGAGUACGUUAUGCCCACCACUGCCAGCUCACAGAUAACACUAGCAAUCAGUGAGGACAUUAUGUGGCAACAAAACGUGCGCUGCUUGAUCGCAUUUCCACGUGGAUUUGCCUACGCGUACGGCGGAGGGAUCAUCAUACUUUUUGAAAAAGAAGGGAAACACAAGUAUACGAAGAGAAACGUUUACGUGAUUCCACAGCGAAUGGUGAAGGACGACGACCCGAAUCUUUACAAGAUCCAUACGAUCAAUGUGAAUCCCAGCUUUGACCGAUUGAUCGUCACCACCGGCUGGUCCCAACUGUAUUAUGCGACGCUGUGGGGUCGAACUCUGCAGAUGGAUCCGGAACCACAGGAAAUGCAGAUCAUGGGCCAGCUGUUACACCAUGGUCCCAUUAGUGACCUCUCCAUGUGUGCAUGGAAGCCGGUCUUCAUGACAUGCGGCGAAUUUGAUCACAGUGUUCGACUGUGGGAUUUUGAAACAGAAAGUCUUAUUAUGCUGAAGCAGUAUGAUGAAGAUAUAUCCAGCAUCGCAUUGCAUCCGAUGGGACUAUUCUGUCUAAUUGGCUUCACCGACAAAUUACGCUUCAUGAGCAUCCUGAUCGACGAUCUGCUACCAAUGCAUGAGAUCGCCAUCAGAAAUUGUAAGAUAGUUCGCUUUAGUCACAAUGGUCAUCUAUUCGCCGCGGUCAACGGCAACAUCAUACAGGUGUACACCACUAUUAGUUUCUACAAUCCCUUUAUCCUCAAGGGACACAUUGGCAAGGUGAAGGCGCUUCUCUGGUCGCAGACGGACCUAAAAAUACUAAGCAUGGGUGCGGAAGGUUCUAUAUAUGAGUGGAACAUGACCUCUGGCACGCGAACCAGCGAGUUUAUUUUGAAAACCGUCGUUCUACACGACAUUGCACUUUCCUCGGACGCGUCGUUCAUUUACUGCAUCGCACAGGACGAUCAGAUACGCGAAAUCAAGGAGAGUGAGAUAGUACGAGAGUUUCGAUUGCCUGGCAAAGAAAUGCAACAAAUUAUCAUGGGGAAAGAUGACCUAAUGUUAUUCAUAACUUCUCCCAGUGGUAUCAUCAUUUCGUUGAAAAGUCCGCUUCAAACUCCAAUAGAAUCAAUGGAUUUCCACAUACACUGCGUCGAUAUUACGAGGAUCGCAUUUUCUUACAAUGAAAAUUAUUUGAUCUCAGUUGCAAAGGACGGUAGUUUAUGCAUUUGGAAGUUAUACUUUCCCGAAGGGAAAAUCAUAAAGAUGAGAGAUUUGCCGUACACGAACGAAGUAUUAAUCGGUAAAGGUGACUUAGAGGAAAAGAUACAUAGCAUCAAAAAUCUGACAGUGAGACUAAGAGAAUUGGAAAUGGAACACGCAUAUAAACUGCGGCAAAUUGAUAUUCAGCACAAUGAUAAAUUACGUGAGGUGCACCAAGGCUAUAGCGAAGCUAUCAAGGAACUUGUAGACAAAAUAGAUAAGGAUCGGGAGGAUCACAGAAAUGAGGUGAAUAAUAUGAACGUGAAUAUCAUGAGGAUGAAAGCGUCGCAUGAGGACGCAAUGCAACAAAUGGAAAAUGAUUAUGAGGCCAAGUUGAUUACGGAAUAUGACAAGUAUCAGGCAUUUGAAGAACGUACCAAUGCUAUGCGAGAGAACUACGAGAAGCAAUUAAAAGAUCUUGAGAAACGCGACGCGGAACGAUUACAAAAAACCGUGACGGAAUAUGAAGCUUUGCUUCACGAGAAGAAAAUACAACUGGAAGAAACAUUUGACGAAAUGAGGCAUAAGGAGCGCGUUCAUGAACGUUUGAUGGCACAAGUAGAGGAUGACGCGGAUCGUGAGAUUCUCGAGAUACGUACGAAAUACGAAAACCUCCUAUACGAGGAGAAGCAGAUCAGUUUGAAACUGAAGGGAGAGGCCGGAGUAAUGCGAAACAAAUUAUUGGCCAGUCAGAGAGACGUUGAUGAUCUAAAAAGGCAAGUAAAUCGGGUGCAAAGCGAAUAUGCACAGUUUUACAAAAAUAUACAAGAUCUUGAGAAGCAAAUAGUAGAUCUAAAGAAGGAAAUCAUCGAGAGGGACGCUACUAUUCGGAAUAAAGAGCAACAGAUAUAUGAUAUAAAGCGAACGAAUCAGGAAUUGGAGAAAUUCAAGUUUGUGUUGAAUUUUAAGAUUGAUGAGUUGAGGAGUCAGAUACAACCGAGAGAUCAGGAGAUACAGGAGCUGAAGGAUAGUAUUCGAAACAUGGAGGAAGAGCUCAUGAGUCUCCAAAAGACAAAUGAAAAAUUGGAGCUGCAACUACACGAAGAGAGGGAGAAAUUGCGGAUCACACGCCGAGAAAUCGACCGCGAAAUCCAUAAGAACAAGAGGUGUCAGCAGCUGUUACGAAAAAUUCGCAUCGACAUUCUUGAACUCUCGGAACUCAUACAAGAACCGAACGCUCUAAAAACCGCAGUGACCAAUUUAUAUCACAAAUAUAGCGCGGAUGAUGAAAUCCUACGUAGUCGCAAAGCGGACAUAGAUGCGCAAUACGAAUUCAAUAGGCAAAAGGAUCAACUGGAAAAAACUAUCGCGUCUCUGAAGAAGCAGAUGUUCCAGGAUACGUAUACCGGUGACAAAGAAUUGAGGAUGAUAGAGGAAAACAGUAUGCUUAUUGUGGAAUUGAAUGCAUUGAGGGAAGAGUUGAAGCAAGCACAAGAACAGGUUUUUUAUAUGGAGAAUCUGCUGGGAUUACCACAAAAAGACGUGCGAUCUACAGAAGCGAGAAAAAUCUUGAAACAAGCAUUUCACGGAUACCAGGAGUUGCAGGAGAAAUAUAUGAAGCAAAUACAAGAAUAUCAGCAGGUUAUUUCAAAUCUAAAGAAAGAUAUCAAGCAAUUGUUGAGCAAGAUUCCUUGUGAAGAAAAGGAAGAAAAAAAGAUAUCAUUUUGAACAAGUUUGUGACAUUUAAUCAUUUUUUC